CUAACUUGACGUCAUGACCUUCGAGAGUUCACGAAUCUGACACUUGACAUUUCUACUGUAUUUUUGCUGCAUACCUGAGAGAUGGAGGAGUUUUCCUCAGAACUUAUACUUCAGAAGUCCUCCAGCCUGUUGGUGCCCAAACGCGUCGGAUUCGGUUACUUGCCGAUAGAUAUACUUGUGAGAAUAUUCGAAUACUUUGAUGAAGACGAACUGCGUACGAAUAUCACCAGGGUGUGUCAGCAAUGGAGGGCUGCUGCCGAAGUUCCGAGACUUUGGAACACUUUGAAGUUUCAGGGGCGUGCUAUCGAAACAGAUUUGAUUUGCAACAAGAUUUAUCAGUUUCGUGAUGUUACCAAGAUUAUCAUAAAAGCUGUUCUUGAUCCUAUGAUUGUUUUGAGGCAAAUCUGCAGACGAUGCAAAGACUUAACCUACCUAGUCCUAAGGAACUGUCCCGAAAUAUCAGAAGACAGUCUUCGAUAUCUACUCGUCGCCUGCAAGCAUCUGCAGUCACUAGACUUGAAAGGAACCCCUUUUAAAGCUCUCAUUCUUUUUGAAGAAUUGCCUCAUUGCCAAGAGAUGAGGUCUAUCAACUUAGGGGGUAACCCACAUCUCAGCAUGAAGAACGUAACCACUCUAGUAAUGAACUGUCAGCAUCUCGACGGUUUCCAUUUGGGAUCUUUCCAGCCUAAAGAUAGAGUCGACCUCAAUGAUGGUACCUGUUACCUCAUCCUCAGGAAGCUUGUCCAUAACUUAACCCAUCUGACCCUUGAUUGCUCCAGUCUGAGCGCCGCUACAUUUGCUUCAAUCUGCCGUUGCAGACACUUGGAGUAUCUCUGUCUCAACUAUGCCUACAACUUCAGAGGUUGUGACUUUCAAAACAUGUGGAAGACAUUGACGAAGUUGAAGGUGUUGAAAAUACGGAAUGGACAUCUGAUAAGUGAAAUCAACUGCAUUAGGCUUUUUACCGAAGGUCAGGAGAUAAUGAGGAAUCUUGAGGUCGUAGACCUUACAGGUUGUGGUAAGAUAGCAAACGGUAGCAUUCAAGCUAUCUCCAAUUGUUGUAAGAAAAUCAAGAGGCUUAUUGUAAAAAGUUGCAAGCAUAUUACGACAAUUGACUCACUGGUUGAAGAAUGUCCAGAGCUUGAAGAGUUGAACAUCGGGUUCUGUGUGAACAUCAAGUUUGAUGCGGUACCACAUCAUCUAAAGAAACUGUUUAUAUGCGAUACCGUCAAACACAGAAUGUUCGCUAGACAAGUGAUACAACAGUGCCAAAGAUGUGAAGUGAGAGUAUGUUUAUCCGAAUUCAAUAAAGAAACCAAAAUAUUUGUAUACGAGUAAGUCAAGGAUAUUUUGUAUAUACAGGGUGUAAACGUUAUGGUAGUAAUUACACUGGACAACAAA